AUGUCAGGGCCUUCCUACCGCCUGCAAGCACCACGACCACGGCGGCCUCCAUCUCCGCUAAACUUCGACAAUUCCUUCAAGCCCACAUCCGUCGUCAGCACCUUUCAUGACUCGCAAACUCUUCUCUACGACCUUCCUUCUACCGUAUCUAUGUCCCCACCUCCCACAAGUCCGAGAUCGGGUGGGCGUGUGAUCUCGCCGACCUCUCCUUCGUUUCCUGGGCGCUCUUCGAGAGGUCCACGUAACGGCAGGCCAACUCCUCCUCCAAGCAGUCGAAAUAGAUCAGCUACACCGUUAGGAGUUGCCCCGAGUGAACUCGAAUCCUUCGCAGAAUAUUGCCGUGCCUGGUACUAUUGUCAGGACGAUAACUCAGGCCGCCUUAUGACACAAACACUCGCCACUCUCCCUCCUUCACAGCGUGCUCCCUUCUCUCGAUUACAAGCUUCCAUCCGAUCAGCCUAUCAUCGUUCUGUGAACGCACGUAGACAUGCUGAAUUCCAAGCCCAUCUAAGCGCCACUACACCAGGUGGCUCCCUGAUGCCCCAUGCCAGAGCAGAUCCUCGUUCGAAGGCUGCUCAGAAAGAACGUUAUGAGCGAGCAGAACGCUUCAUGCGCAAUUGGUGCAAUACAGGUAUGCCUGGUACUAAACCAUUUUUCGAGGCCCUGUGGGCCGUAAUGCGAUUGCAGGUCAUUCCAGAGAAUCUUGGUGGCGCAGGAAAAUUCCGCAUUGAAUGGGAAUUUGAUGACGCUGUAUUCAAAGAAGCAGCUGGGAAGGACUUCAUGCUCGAAGCGAUAGAUUUUCUCAAAGGGGUACUAGCAUUCGAAGAAACGCCCUCAAUAAAGAUCUCGAAUACUUCCUAUGGCCACAGAAAAGAUUUGAGUCUCCCCGCACUACAUUCUCGCGCGCAGUCACAUCCAUCUCCUUCCCAUCAGAAAGCUAUCGACCCCGCUUCAACAGUGCAACCGAAACGCGCUCGAGCUCCGAGCGAUCCAUUUUUAGACGCCCCUCAAUCUCGAACCCUUGGACCCGCCUCUCAUUCACCGAAUGCAGAGUCAAUACUGACCUCUGCAGGCACCGAUGGGGAAGAACCCCCUAGUCCUGUUGCCGCAGAUGGAGAUACAGCGACGAGCCCAUUUUUACAGGAAGAAGAUACCUUUGAUAAUGCUGACGAACAAUAUCUUCGAAUCUGGACAUCUCCUGAUCUUACCAAUCCCGAACUCCUACAGCUCCUUGAAUUAUUCCCCUCAUUUGUAUCUCGACGCCCCUUGCCUCGGUUUCCAGUGUCUCCAACACGACACGUGGAUGUGGAAGAGGGCGAAGACGACGGACUCGAGGGAAGACAAAUCCGUUUUGGGACCGGUUCUAUGUGGGUCAGUUCCAAAGAACGUGGCGAUUCUUGGGAAGGAGGCUGGUGGACUAAAUUUAUCAUGUGGUGGAGAAGAAUCUUUUGUUAA